GUCACUGCCAGACAGAGAAGUAUCAACAACAGGAAGACGGUGAAUCCAGGGAUUCUCUGUAUCAACGAUGGCAACUUCCAACACUCACGGUUUCUGUAAAGUGCUAGAAAGCACACUGCUGGGAUUGGUCUCUGGAUUAGCUGGAGGCUACCUGCUGUCCUCUACAGUGGAAGCAGGACGAGGUGACCUGUUUGGACCUCCAACCAAAGACGCCGUUGAGAAAGAAUCCCAGUCCUUCAACAAGCUUAUCAUAUUUCUGACUAUGUGGAUAGGAUUUCUUCUCAUGGUUUUGAUCCCCAUAAAAGUCUUACAAUGGGUCAAAGCUGCGUUUAGGAGAACUGAGCCCGACGCCACGCAGGCGACUGUAUUUCUGAUAGGGACCACUGCUGUAUGUGGAGGUUUGGGGCACGUCAUGGAAACCGCAGUUGGAAGACUGUCCCACAUCCAAGUUGUGUACAAAUACACUGUAGAUACGUCUGUGACUUUAGCAUUUCUUGUAGCAGCGCUUUAUGUUGCUGGAUGUGCCGUAGUUGUCUCUGCUCCUGUUGGCAUGGGACCAAUGAAACGGGGAGCAGUAGCAGCAGGGGGAGGGGCUAUAUUAACCGUAAUACUGAAGUGUCAGUCGGUAGUCGGCCAAUGGGGGACCUUGGGAGCUCUUUUGGGUCCAGCCGGGGCUGCUGGGGUGGCUCUGUCUGCUGGUCUAACAUGUAGCUGUAGUACCUAUGGAGUAGCAGAGAGCAGUAGUACCUAUGUGUGGGCAGGUAGAGCAGGGACAACACUGGGGACAUUGUGUGCAGCUUGGUUUGGGACAGGGGCUCUGGGUGGUGUCACUGUCUUCAUUCACAUGUGGAUCUCGUGCUUCUUCUCUGCCUCAGUACCAGUCGAGCUCCUCGUGUGGUGAAUCUCGGAAGAUAAACCCAACAUAACCUUUUCUCUUUUUGUAAUCGUUGUAUUUGAAUGAUAUCAGUAUAUCAGAUGACAUGUGGUCUAUGUAUGGGACUACAGGCAGCCAUUUGUUCCUGACUCGGCUGGUUAAAUGAAGGUUAAAUCAUGUGCUGUAAAACAUUAUUAACGGAUGAACAGGGAACGCUGGUUUUUGUUUUAAUCUUAUUUUAAUAUUGUUUGCUUGGUUUGUUUGGGGGGCAGUAUCAUCAGGGGAAUCUUGAUUUAUGUAUCACAUAUAAUAAUCCCCUUUGAAUAAACAUUUAUCAUUUUA